AUGGCAGUUUAUGGGUUUUUUAUUUCUGCACCGCUAUCGCACUAUCUUAUUCUCUGGCUUCAAAGGGCUUUCAGAGGUAAGAAUGGCGUAGUUUGGAAGUUGCUACAAAUUUUAGCGUCAAACCUGGUUGUUACUCCUAUUAUGAGUGCUGUGUUCAUCACAUUCAUGGCAAUUAUUGCUGGCGCUCGUUCUGUCAAGCAGAUUGCUGGUUCAUUGAAAGUAGGAUUCUUCCCUGUUGUCCGUGCUAGUUGGGUCACUUCCCCGUUCACAUUAGCAAUUGCCCAGAAUUUUAUCCCUGAACAAGCAUGGGUACCUUUCUUCUCAUUCUUUGCCUUCUUCCUUGGCACCUAUAAUAAUUAUACUGUCAAGUUGAAGCGUCAACAAGCCCUACGUGAGAAUGAGAAAUCUAAGGACCAAUGA